AAAGUGAUGGACUCUCACUCCUUCUCCUCCUCCUCCUCCUCCUGCUUCUCGCAUGGCACGCAAACAAAAGGCAAAAGCCGCAGAGAUUAUAAACACCUCCACUUGAGAGCUACUGAAACACGACAUGGAUCCACCAGACCCAGACACAGACCCAGACACAGACCCAGACACAAACCCAGACACAGACCCAGACGCGAGCAGGAUGAUGUGCAGGUCUCAGCCUGAGAGCAGUGAGACCCAAGCCAGAGCCAGCUCCAGAUCUUUAGAUGCAGCUGUUAACUUCAAAAGAUCUACACAAUUGAAAAGCAGGAUGAUGUUCGGCUCUCAGCCUAAUAGCAGCGAGACCAGAGCCAGCUCCAGAUCUUUAGAUGCAGCUGUUAACUUCAAAAGAUCUACAGAACCAGGACGAAUGACCUUUGACUUCUUCUUCUUCAGCUCACCCCUGAACAGAACCUGGUCUCUGAGGUCUGAUGUGAGUGUUCGCUCUUUUGAUUCAGUGCCUGAAUGUCAGGAUGAUGAUAAGGAAGACGAUGGAAGGCCGAAGUCUCCGAGCGUCCAGUCCCGUAUGAGUGUGAACUCUUUGGAGUCUGCUGUGUUCACGUUUGACCCUCUGGUUAAAUGCAGAAGAAGCAAUAACUCAAUGGAAAGGCCUCCGAGUCUCAGUGGAUCACACGAGUUUAACCCCAGGUCUCCAUCUCCAGCGCUGAGCAGAGACUCAGGGAUCACCAGCUCGUCAGGAGCCAGCGGUUUCUCCGCGAGUAAAGAGCAGGGGCUGAGCGCUCAGUACGCCGGAGCUGAAGAUGUGGCCUGUGACGCGUGCAGCGGGAGGAAAUUUAAAGCCUGGAAGUCGUGCUUAACUUGUGUUCGUUCCUUUUGUGAGAAGCAUGCCAGGGAUCACUACAGGUGCAGGGAGAUGGAGCAGCACCAGCUGGUGGAGGUCACCAAAGAUCUGGAAGUGUACAAGCAGAAUGCUGAUUUGAAGGAGGUGAUCAGGAAGCUGGAGGAAGUGAACCGGCUGCUGAGAGAAGAACUAAAGUCUGUGAAAAAGGACAGCAGCGCUCCGAGUCUUCCAGCGUACAUUAUCGGAGGGACAAAACCCACAGCAGCCGACGUGGUUUUGGAUCCUGAGACGGCUCACCGUACACUCGUCAUCUCUCAGAGCGGGAAACGAGUGCGAAUGGGCCGCAAAUCCAAAGUCCAGCCCGGACCUCAGAGGUUCGACAGGUGGGAGUGUGUGAUCGCCAAAGACGGCUUCAGCUCAGGACGACAUUAUUGGCAUGUGGAGGUGAAUAAGGAGUUCACGAUUGGCGUGAUGAAGAGCUCGGCAGAGAGGAACGGUCGCUUCGCCUUCGCUCCGUUUCAGGGCUACUGGUGCAUCUUCCACUUCUGGCUCUCCUUCUCAGCCCUGGAGAAUCACGUGGUGCGUCUCUCCAUCAACUCCGUGCCCCAGGUGUUGGGCGUCUGUGUGGAUGUGGACGAGAGGUGGGUGACCUUUUACAAUGUCGACACCAAAGAUCAAAUCUACACCUUCAAGGACAUGAAACUGGGACCUGGAGACAAGAUCUACCCCAUAUUCCGCACAGUGGAGAAAUCCAUGGACCUUCAGAUUAAAACUGUGAGCUGAACACAGUGUACAGGUGAGAUCUGACCUGUUAGAGUUUACCUUCACUCCUCAGAGGAACAUGAAGAAUUUCCAGCUCCUUGAGUGAACCUGGAAUGAGACUCGUGUUUCAUGUUACAUGCGUCUGAUGUACAGAUGAAAGAGUUUUGUAAAUUCGCUUGUUAAAUUUGUUAGCUAGUUCAGUAGAGUUGCUAAGCUACAGUAGAUCCUCCUGAUGACUGAAUGUUGAGGGGAGCAGCUACUUCUUCAGGAUCAGGUACGAUUGUUAUUUUUUUUCCUUCUUUAUGAUGUGAAUGUUUUUCUCAGCAGCUGUAGUAGUGAUGGAGAACUUUUCUGACAUACGCUUGGAGUGAAUCUUCCACAGAACCGUUAGUGUAGUUUAUGGAGAACAUUUUAUCUCCAGGAAGGAAAGGUGUAGUCUGUAAUGAUUAAGUGCUGUGUGUGUGAUUACGUAAAGAUUCUUCACUUAAUCACCAGUUUUUGUGUAAAGAUUCGAAUGUGACUCUCAGCACACUGAUCUAUUAAUAGAAUGAUCUUAAUGACUCAAAC